AUGACGACUUCGGGGAAGCCUUUGGUGGUCAUUGAUGCGAGCCAUCAUGCUGGCAUCGUGAUUGUGGUUGGGACUUUGGCCCUCAUCAUGUCCUUGAUCUGUUUGGCCAUUCGGGUAUAUGUCAGGACACUUCUCAGUCCGGGGUUUGGACGCGAUGACUACUUGUUCUUCGUUGCGACAUCAUUUGCAGUUAUUCAGACCUCGUUGGUCAUGUCGAAUUCCGCCAAGGGGUUUGGGACAUCCAUCGACCUUCUCACCACAAGUCAGGUCGUGAAAGUCCAACAGACCACGGCUGCCACCGAUGUCCUAUACCUCAUAACCCUUUUCCUCUCCAAGUGCUGUGUGUUGGGAAUGCUCUCUAGGUUAACGCCGCAACGAAUGCACCACCUCGUCCUCUACGGGAUCUUGGGGUUGAGUAUAUGCUGGGUGCUCACCUCCACCCUGAUCAUUCUGAUCAAUUGUGAAUUGAACAGGCCGUGGGCAAGGCCAGUGGAUCACUGCAGUGGCCUGUUUUCCAAAUGGGAAUAUAUUACGGUCCUGGACAGCAUCAUUGAGAUGGCAUUGUUCGUGUUCUCUUUAUAUCUGGUCAAAGGCCUGCAGAUGGCCGUGUCUCGAAAAUUGAUUGUUCUCUCCUCCUUUGCCGUUCGACUCCCACUCAUUGCCUUUGCCUCCCUACAUCUGUAUCACCUGAGCCUCUACGCCUACUCUCAGAAUCCGACCCUCGACAUCAUCGACGGCUACGUCUGGACCCAGAUGGAGAUGAACUACGCCCUCAUAGUCUGCACCGCCUUCUGUCUCGCACCGUUCAUGCGCGCCAUCAGUGUCACAUAUGGAAACGCGGGAGAGGUCACACUGGGAACGAGCAGUGCGAACUCCAGAUCCGCGAAAUACGCCAAGGAUCGCUCGAAACAGUCGCAAAGCUACGCGCUGCAGUCGAUCGAGAACGCGGAGGAGGCACGUUACGGAAACCGUCGGUCGCAGCCCUCGCAGGCGACAUUUGUCCCUGAUCUCUCGGGGGGCUUGGCCACCGCGACUGCGUACGACGGGGGAAGCCGGACGGACAGGGAUAGUGUGGCCAGUACGGAGAGCACGAAGAUGAUAAUCAAGAAGAACGUGGAGUACACUGUUACACAUGAAAGGCUUUGA